AUUUCUCACCUGAGCUGAGGAAGGUGGUCUCCAGAUUGAGCUUUUGUUUCUGACUCCAACUUCAAAAGCCAUGGCUUCUGGGGCAGCCAAAUCUGUAGCACUUAUCCUCUUAGUUGUCAAUGUUCUGCUGUAUUUUAUAGCAAUCUCAUUCUCUGCUUGGGCCAUCAAUCAUGGCAUCAAACGAGCUCGAGAAACUGCAUCUGUUUUAUCGGUACCUGCUCGCAUAUUUCCAAUAUACUUCCCAAUGGGUAACAUGGCGACUGGUUUCUUCAUCAUAUUCUCACUCAUCGCUGGGGUUGUUGGCUUCUCAACAUCGUUUACUGGAAUCCAGAAUGUGAUUAAUGGGAAUGCCAGCAACUUCCACUCAGCUGCUGCCUCUUCUCUUGCAGCUUGGGCACUCACUCUACUGGCCAUGGGAUUGGCAUGUAAGGAGAUCAGUCUAGGCUGGACAGAUUCCAACUUGAGGACUCUUGAGGUACUGAUGAUAAUAUUGGGCGGUACGCAGUUGUUGUGCACAAGCGCGAUCCAUGCUGGGGUCGAAGAUAUACGGGAGAGGGAACGCAGUAGCGGAAGAUAUUGACUAGCCAAUCUGAUCUGCCCCGCAAACUGCAUGAUGCAUUUUUCUCAAUCAUAAUUAAGAACUGUAAAUCCAGCAUCGGCAAACUCCGCUGAAUUCCCUUGUUUCUAUUGGUUUAGUUGUGAUGUUUAGAAAGGCUUAUUGGUUACAUGGCCUAUACCUUUGAAUAAACGGUGGAAUUUGUGAUACCAAACACCCCCCAUCCCACAAAAAGGCACACUAGUUCUUCAUAAAACAACUUAUUUAACUACCUUGUGUUUGAGAGUA